CUGCCCCUCAGUUGUUCCCUAGUCUGUGUUGGGUUGAAGGAUGGAGGGCAAGGGCCAGGGGUGCUGCUGGUGUUUAAAGCUAGUAGUCUCUGCUGAUUUGGGGGAGUUCCAAAAAUAAGGGGCCUCAUAGGGUUGAGAAGAGACUUCUGAGGGGCCCUUUGCUUGGCUGGGGGGGUGAAGGGAGUGGGAUCUGGACCCCACUGAACUGACCAAGCUCCAGCUGUGGAGGAGGCUUGUGGGAGGGGGCAGGAAUGGGAGGGCUCUGUCUGGCCCGCCCCUCCUCUCCUUUGCAGCCCGCGCAGCCCGCCCACCAGUCUGAGCUGCUGCUUCUGAGGCUGGUGGCCUGAAGUCUCCAGGAGAGGGGGAAAGACAGCUGGCAGAGUCUGAAGUCAAGGAGAAACAUGGGGUCCAGGGCUGAGCUGUGCACUGUCUUAGGCGGACUCUCAUUCCUCCUGCUACUGAUGACAGGCGAGGGGGCCAAGGGUGAAUCCCUCAAAGAGAGUCAGGGGGUCUGCUCCAAGCAGACGCUGGUGGUCCCACUCCGUUACAACGAGUCCUACAGCCAACCCGUAUAUAAGCCCUACUUGACUCUGUGCUCUGGAAGGCGUGUCUGCAGCACCUACAGGACCACGUACCAUGUGGCUUGGCGGGAGGUAAGGAGGGAGGUGCCGCAGACCCACGCCGUGUGCUGCCAGGGCUGGAAAAAGCGGCAUCCCGGGGCGCUCACCUGUGAUGAAGCCAUCUGCGCCAAGCCCUGCCAGAACGGAGGCGUCUGCGUCCGGCCAGACCAGUGCGAGUGCGCCCCGGGCUGGGGUGGGAAGCACUGUCACGUGGACGUGGAUGAAUGCAGGGCUGGCGUCACUCUUUGCUCGCACGGAUGCCUCAAUACAGCAGGCAGCUUCACCUGUGGCUGCCCCCAGGGCCUGGUGCUGGGCCCGGACGGGCGCACUUGCGGAGAAGGGGCCCCAGAGCCCCCAACCAGUGCCAGCAUGCUCAGCGUGGCCGUUCGGGAGGCUGGACACGAUGAGCGUGCCCUGAGGCGGGAGAUUCGGGAGCUUCGAGGGCGCCUGGAGCGGCUGGAGCAGUGGGCGAGUCAGGCUGGAGCCUGGGUCCGAGCGGUGCUGCCCAUGCCCCCAGAAGAGCUGCAGCCCGAACAGGUGGCAGAGCUGUGGGGCCGAGGCGACAGGAUUGAGUCUCUCAGUGACCAGGUUCUGCUGCUGGAGGAGAGGCUAGGUGCCUGCUCCUGCGAGGACAACAGCCUGGGCCCAGGCCUCAAUCGGCGGAGCUAAGGAGCCCCCGCAGAGCCCCUGCCCCACUAAUUUAUACAGAAACUGGACCCACUAAUCCUCUGGGAUUGGCCGGCUGGGGAGCUGCAGAUAAGGCUAUCUGCCACUAAGGAGCAAUGAACAAUGGAAACUUUGGAAAGCUGAAGAAAGGAGGAAGGCGGGUUGUCUUGGCCUGCCCCUGAGUCUCCGGCUGGGGCAGAGGCCUGGAGGAGAACUGCUUUUUUAACUCCUUAACAAACGCAGCCAGAAAGUGCCCAGAUCUCUCUCAAUCUUUAUUCUCGGUUUCUUGCUGUUAUCCAGAUAAUUAAUAAAAAUCAACCACGCAAAA